GUGACGCCUGGAGCUCUACGUAACUACCCUCUAACACUGUCAAUAUCACUAGAACACGUUACAUAUGUCUCUCUUAUGAAACCGCUGUUUUGAAACAGAACGAUUAAGAUGCGUGCAACGGCACAGGUCGCGCUACACGGCUGGUAUCACCGGACAGGACCUGCGAUGAUUCGACCCUGUGUGAGAAGUGGAGUUUCCUUGCAGGUGAGCUCGCGUGCGUACAGUGUCGUCCCUCCACCCAGAGACAGUGAGGAGAAGGAGAUGCUGCACCGGAUGCUCCGUGUGGACCAUGCUGGCGAAUAUGGUGCCAACCGCAUCUACGCCGGACAAAUGGCAGUGUUGAGGAGAACUAGUACAGGGCCACUCAUACAGGACAUGUGGGAUCAGGAGAAGAAACACCUGGAGAAAUUCAACGAAAUUCUCGCAGAAAACAGAGUCCGACCAACAGUGCUGUUACCCCUCUGGAACAUAGCCGGAUAUGUAUUAGGAGCGUCCACUGCACUGUUAGGAAAGGAAGGGGCCAUGGCGUGCACCGUGGCAGUGGAGGAGAGUAUCUCAGAGCACUACAACAGUCAGAUCAGAGCACUGAUGGAGAAGGACCCGGAGAGAUACACUGAACUCCUAGAAAUUAUAAAAGAAUUCAGGGAUGAUGAGAUGGAGCAUCACGACACAGGUCUGGAACAUGAUGCUGAAAAUCUAUCUGGAUAUUGGUUUCUCAAAAGUGCCAUACAGUUGGGAUGCAAAGCAGCAAUAUAUGUCUCACAACGGGUCUAAAACCUCACACUUCUUUGUGCUUGUUUUCUUACUUGAAGUCACUUCAAUUGGUUGUGUUCCUGUUGUCCUAAAACGUUUGGUCCUAGCGGCAAGAUUAUCACUUCAGAAUCCAGACUGCUUACAUACAGAAGCAGUGAGGACUGCUUUUUCUCUCUCUGUUGUUGUUUAAAUACUUGAAAUUUGUUUCCGCAGUUCAUGUCUUUUUAGCAUUUCCUCUUCUGCCUAUUUUGUGUUGAGAUCAAGACAAACAUUAUUUUUCUGCAUCCAUUCUCAUCACUCUGUGUUCAGUCAGCAUCGGUGGAAACCGCAUAUUUUAAUAAAGGCAUUUGUACAGCAUAAACAGUUCGAUCCUUUUCUAGAGCCACAGAUCCCACACAUGCCACAGCUGAGCGAGUGAGAUAGCAGGGAUACCUGUAGCGAGGGCAUAUUGAUACUGGCAAGCCAUCAUACCCUUCAGCAAACUCUCCUCUUUCACAUGUAAUCGUUCAUACAUCACACUGAGCAAUGGCUUGUCAUCCUGGCCUAACUGCUAAGCGCCCUCACACAGCUGUUCUGGGGACAUUAGGUCACCGAAGAAGAAGGAUGACAAGAGGCUAGUCCAAGGGCCCCCUAAUCUAUUAGACCUAUCAGCAGCUCGACCGAACGCACAUUCAGAUCUGACCUCAGGCUCCUUUACUCACGCCUUUUCAAGCUCAGAUGUGGUGGUGCGUUGAGUUAUAGACAGCCGCCAGAGCUGGUGGGUCUCAAGUGAAAUCCUGUCUAUAGUUUCAACAAGGAAAGCUCUUCCACAUAUACAAUAAAUAUCUUUUAGACGACUUUUGAAACAGUCCGUAAUGUCAUGUCAGGCUGUUUGGCUUCCGCCAAGAGGUGCAUCGAUCUUCUACUCUUCUUAUGUGGGAGGAUGACCAGCACAUUACUCCAGGAGUGCAGUUUAAUGUGAAAUUAGAACGUAAUACCAAGGCUUUCAGUCUGAUAUCACUCAGUUCCUUCACCAAAGUUCAGCCUCCUGUUCACUCUGGCUAAUACUCAGACGUCACACCCUGCCUGCGCUCCCUUCUUCGACCUGUCUUGUCUGUUACUCUGGAUGAGUGACAUGACCUUGACGCCCUUCACUCAUUCUCCAGCCUCCCUCAUCCUUUUAAACUUCUCCUCCACUGUUCUAAAAAGGACUUUUUUAGAAACAUUUUUCCCAAUAACCAGUUAUUUUGUAGAAUGUGUAGCCCACACUCUGGAUAUUUUUGAAAAGGAUCUUGCCCCCCUCAAAACAUUCACACCUAUCUCUAUGAUCAAUAAUGAAAUGGUGUCACCAUUAAAAGUUAUAUUCUGAAAGAACCUUAAUGUGUCUGGACAGUAGAGAGUGCACUGAAUUGGAAAUACAAGUGGAAAUAAACAUGGAAAAAUGAGUACAAAUCAAAGUGUGUCAUAUAUUUCCAUUUAUAUUGCUUGUUUUUCUUCCUCCUAUUUGUUCGCACAUUGUGUAAUGUAUUUUUUCAUUUUUAUUUUCUCAUCUCUGAAUUUUGGCCGAGUGAUAUUCCACCUCUUAGUAUGAGUCAUUUCCCUCCAUUUUUAUGCCAUUUGAGUGCGGCGUGUAGUGCAACUCAUCAUUGUCCCUGGAUCUAUUUGUUUACCCAUUUUCACCAUCCGCGGUGCAUUGAGUAAUCCUCAUGAAAUUCCAACCGUGCCAUUUCUUAGACCCUGGUCCAGACAAAGUCUGCUAAAACACUUGGCAUAAAAAGAGCAUCGAGGGAUUAACAUGAUCUGUAAACUUAAGAAUUGUGGCGCAGCAUCCGCUAGCCGUGUGAAAUUGGGCCUAUAAAUUUUGACCUGACCUGAUAACACAAAUCAAAAAUCCCCCCAAAAAAGAUUCUAUUGCUUCUUCGCCUGGAUCUCAAAUGACUGUCACAACUAAUGUUUUUUUUUUUUUUUAUCGUCUCUGUCUGGCAUAUUGUGCAGAUUAGCUUUAAGGGCGUAUAUUUAGUUUCACACACUUGGCUAGGGACUGCUUUUCUGAAUGCAGAGAAAAUGAGGAAUGUCCGUAAAAUAAUGGACAAUACAGAACUUGAAAGAGAAACAUCUGAAGUAUGGCGAGAAUUAAUUUCCUCCAUGUGUCGUAGACUGGUGUAUGGAAAAUAAAUGAAUGUCACUUAAGGCUUGAAGAUUAAUUCAUUUUUAUAUUUAAUAUCAGGAUUGCAUUGAGACACUAUUAAUAAAAGACAUUUUAGUCUGGAUACCUUUGUUUAUCUGUUAUUGAAGAUCAUAUUCAUUCACUGUUUACGUGCCCUGAAAUGGAAGUGACACAACUAUAUACAGUGGUAGGUACAAUUUAUUGGGUGCCCAAAAAGCUGGUCCAAGCUGGUCCCUAAAAUCUUGACCAUCCACACUUGUCUUAUGCAUGUCCUCUCCUACCACAGCCUCAUCGGUGGCCUUACUCUUCUCCUUCUAAAGGCUGUGUCCAUCGUCUACAUUCUUGGUCCAACAUGUCCACUGUCUCUCCUCUCCACAUGCUUUUGAUGAACCCAUGUCUGAUCUUGUUCUUCCCAGUUGACUCUCAAUGCAAACUUGAGUUCUUCAUCCCUCACUCUUCUAACUCUCCUUCCUGUCUUUUUUUUUCAGUCUUUAAACCAAACAUCAUGGUGGCUCUCUUUAUAAAGUGUCCCUGCAAAUCUUGCUGACGAUUUUUUUGUCACAGUUACUCCUCCCAUUCCACCCUGCCUGCACACUCUUCUUUGCUCCCCUUCAUUAAUCAGUCACUCUUCGUCCAACCUCCCUCUCAUUCACACACUUCCAUUCCUCUUCUUUGCUCCCCCUCCUCAUCCACCACCUUCUUCCUCCAAAUCACUAUAUCAUCACCAAACAUCAUUGACCUCAGAAAGCCUAAAAUGAGAGUAAAAUAUUUCCUCAUAUUUUCAUGAAUUAGAUCCUUGGACUCUUCCAGUAUAUACUGAACCGUGGCUAAUGUGAUGUUGACGGUUGUUUUUACUGUAUAUACUCGAUAUUUAUUAAGAGAUCUAAUUCUAAUGGGAUGUUGACGGUUGUUUUUACAUAGUCUAUAUUAAGAUAUUUAAUCCUAAUGGGAUGGGUUUUUGAAUAUCUCCAGUAAUCUUGAAAUGUAAGCGGAGUGUUUUCAACCAGACAUGGAGCCUGUUAAAAUGAUCUUUCAGCCCAUGUCUUGCACCCACAGAGGCAUUUUCUUAGAUCCGCCACAUCAAGAACUGGUAAAACAAUUUGUCUGGGCCACUAGUGGAAUAGAGUCUGAUAGUUGAAAGCAAACUCUGGGACACUUACCUGAGGGUUCGUCUGCCUCCCUUGGAUCUAACUUUUCGUACUUUUAUUGAUACUUUUAUGCAUUACUUUUCCUGUUUUUAAACUUUUAUUAUGAGUAAUAUGGAUAAGACAAUUAUCUGCCUGACGUGAGACGGUAUGAAAGCAAGCUGCCUGGUGAAGUCAUGCAAGCUGCCCGGCGGGGAUUAUAAAGCUAACACGGAUGCUAGGUCGACUGUCAUGUCACCAUAAAUUCUGCGCUGAAAUCAUCUGCCUUCAUCAUAGGGAGCGAGUCGCCUUGACUCUUUAAGUAGGGCUUCUAAGAAGCGAGAGGCCUUUAGCAGACAGUGACUUCCAGUUAUCCAGGUCAACAAUUUACAUCUUUAUAUGUCUGUAUUUAUAUGUCAUGCCAAACAAUAUUGGUUUGUGAGAAUGUUUACUGCUUUAUUUAGAAGAGAUCAGCUUUUUUUUAAGCUACAAACUUUAGAUUACUUUGAUCGAACCUUUGGCAUGUGUGAGGGGCUUGUGGCCUGACAGAUCUAGACCCACGUGUCUACACCGCGGGGGACGACAACACAUGAGGCAAACGCCUGACAUCACCUCUGCUGGUAUCUGUAAUUUACUGCCAGUCACACACGCCGCCAACCGGCACGAAACGCUGACCCUCCAAGGUCAGAAUAGGGGGCUUGAACGUUGUCUUUUUUGUGAUCUCCAAUCUUGUUUCUGCUACCAAUUAUACUCAUGUUUUACUGUAUGUACAUUUUGUGUUUGGGCCCUGUGAUUUAUUUUCUA